AUGUUGUUUGCCCCAACUCGACUUCCACGUGCCCGACGAAGUGUGGUACUGUAUUUUCUCAGGGAGACCCGCAGUGUGUGGAUUGCCUCUACUACAAACAGCAGCAACAACAAGGAGAAUGAGAAUAGUGAUGAUGUGAAACCACCAUUACAACAUCGUUCAUAUGGUAAAAGUCUUCGAAACAAUACUUCAAAACGAUCUGUGAUUAGCGGUAGGAAUAAGGGAAAAAUAAAAAAAAAUUUCGUGGCUGAUUUAAAAGAUAAUUCUGAAAUGAAAGCAGAAGAAAACAUUUCUAUGACUUCUUCAAAAGAAGUUACCGAAUUGUCAUCUACACUGAUUUCUUCUCCUUCUUCUUCACCAACGCAUCCUAUAACUGACAAGAAACUUGAACUUCAUCGACGUUUAACUUCGGAAAUGCAACAAGAAGGGAUGCGAGAAGGAGAGACAGUUUCAUCCGGCGCCGCUAACGUUGCCCGUGAGAAGAUUGAACGUCGACGUAAGAAGUGGGCACUGUCGGAGGUGGAGUUUGAUUCUGGAAUUACAGAACGUCUCUUUCCUGAGAUACGCCGUUUAACAGCUCUGCAUGAGGUUCAUUAUGGUGAUGCUACAAUGCGUGAGGUGGACGCUGUAACGUACUUUUCAUCGAUUGAAAAAGUUCAUGGGGCUACAGAAUCAAAAAUAGUGAACGAUCAGGUGGGAGCAGAGAUGUCACUAACAGAUGAUGAUUUUUUGGCGUUUGAAAAUCAAGAUAGGCAUAAUGGAGAGGUAGUAAUGACAGAAGCAUCAUCAUCAUCAGGGGAAAAGGUAAAAUCAGAAGCAGCUGAUGAGAGUAUUUUAUGCAGUAAAGAUGAAGAAGAAAAGAAAAAACUCCCAGUGUGCCAAAAUGUUAAAACUGAAAAUAUGAUAGUUGCACACGGCGUUAGUACACCUUGGUUUGUUCCUUCUGGUGGUUCCAUUCGUCUUGAACCAAUACCUCCUUCCGAUGUAUUGUGUCUUUUUCGAUUUGUUUUGCAUCUUCGUCAGCAAACACCACAACAAUUACCUUUAAAUCUAUCUCAACGAAUGAAAUUAACUGAAGCUUUAGAAAUUGGAGAAGUAAAAACUCGAAAAAGUAACUACAAACCUCUUUCUAUGGAAGAUGUAUUAUUAUAUCUUGAUACUGCACCUCCUCCUAUGCUUGGAUUUACAGAAAAUCUUCCACCAAGUAAAAGUCCUGCCUUUAUUUUUGUUCUUUAUACAGAGAAUGUCUCUUUACAAAAUGCUAUUGGACAUAUGGCAGCCCUUUUUAGUAUACCUCAACGAGCUUUUUACACUUGUACGGCAGUAUCUAAAAUGUCAUGUGGUACAGUUCUGUGUGCAGUCGCUCCCAAUCAUUUACAACGUGAACAUUUACUACUGUUAAACACUAUGCGACACCCUGGUUUUGUUCUUCGUGUUGGAUCUAUCCGUGCUGUAGAAGAUGAGAAACUCAGUGCGGAACUCUUUGGUGAACUUGCCCGUUGGCAGCCUCUGCAUGAGGUUGAACUUCUCCUCCGCCGUGUGAGUUGCGGCAGCCGUGAGGAGUUGGAACACCGCCUGGGCGCCGUGCGGGCCGUUGGUGCCGUUUUCUUCUGCGCCAACCGCGAGGCAUCGCUGGCGCGGGCCGCCACGGACGUCCUGCACGGAUUUCACAAGUCGGCGCUCCUCAACGCCCUCCACCGCCGCAACGCCCCGCUCGCACUGCGGCAAUUCAUCGCCCGCCCGAACGUCAUCGCCGCCGCCCGCGCACGCCGCGCGACAACAGACGCCACCGUGCGGGAGGCGCUGCGAAGUUACAUCCGCACGGGUGGGGACUGGGCGGCGGCGGUGCAGCGGCUACCGUACGUCUGGCGACGUCGCUGGUUAAACGCCCUUCGCUGUGCGGUGUGGAAUACGAUGGCAUCACGACGACUGCGGAUUGGUGGAAGACGUGUGUUGAUUGGUGAUGUUGUGCUGCGCCCAGAAUUCCGUGAGGAUGCGCAGCGACGCAUGUUAACCACAGUGAAGGCAGAGCAUGUGAUGAUUGUGCGUAGUGAGGCAGAGGCAGCGGAGUGUAGUGUGGAGGAUGUGUUCAUUCCUUUUCUCCGUGGUGUCUAUCCACAUGAGCUCUUCGCAUCAGAUGAGACCAAUCACCCUAUUAUGACUCAAGCAAAUAUGCUUGCCUUGCUUCGUGAAGCUCACGCACCGCAGUUGCUUCUUGGUAUGAGUGAUGCAUGUCGUCAGUUACUGGAUGUGCGUAGUGAGGCAUCACCAUUGCUAUUCCGUCGAUUUAUUAUUCGACCUAUUACAAUGAAUUUUACAAUAUUAGAGGAUAAGGCACCUAUUAAAUCAAUUCAUUUUGAUGCCGCACGCAUCCUUGGAAAUGAUAGAUUAUCUCUACAACAAUCAAUAUUACCUUCUAUAACCAAAAAAGAUGAUUCUUUAUGUUUUUCAUCAACCGUAUCUACAUCGACAACGGUAGCAGCAGCAGUAGAAGGGAAAAAAGAAGAAGAAGAAAGCUCAAUGAUUGAACUUCCUUCACCAUCAAUGCUUUUAAAACAAAGUUUAAUUUUGGAACGAACAACCAUUGGAGCUCGUCUUUCUUCUGGAUUGCUUGCUGAAGAAUUUUUUUCUCCUCCUGCACGUGAUGAGUAUGUUGCUCUUGGUCACGUUAAACGUCACUUACAGGGAAACCUUGUUCAUGCCUCCCCUAACACCCCAGAUGAGGCUCUGAAAACUAUUGAUCGCCUUUUUACUGUUCAUAUUCACGCUGUUGUUCGUAAUGGGGUUUCUGCUCUUGGACAUUUAUUGCGUGAAUAUUUUAUUCUUACUGGUAUAGAACGAGAAGAAGAUAGUGCCCUACAACAUAAGGUUCAUCGUAUUCGUAGAGAACUUGAUAAUGAGACUUCACGAUUAACAGCACCAUCUUUUUGUCAAGCAUGCUAUUGUCGUGAUCAUGACGUAUUAGAUGCCUGUGCGGAAUAUCUUUUUAAGCGUAAUAGACAUAUUGGUAGUAAACGACGUGAAGAGGUACUACAUCAGUUGGCAGCAUCGGAUUCUUUAGUAUUGCCGCAUUCAAACGCACAGAAUGGAAUUAUAUUGAAAAAUUCUAUAUUGACUAAUAAAGAAAUUAAAGAAGGAGGUAAUGAGGUAAUAUUACAGUUGGAUUUACACUUACGUCGUCGAUCUGAAGAGCAAAAGUGGGGUGUACAUCUUACUAGUGCUCUUUAUCUUUCAGCUAUUGAUGAUGUAAGUAUAUUGGCAGAGGGUCGAGUACGAUUUGGUGGAACUCUUGCAGGAAAUUCUGCUGCACAGAGACAUUUUUGGAAAACUUGGUUAUUGCCAAAGCAGGAUACUUCUAUUGAAGAGAAUGAUAAAGAGUUACAAUUAGCUGCUUUACGUCAGUUUAUAACAAGGGCAGUAACUGGAAUGGAUUCUCUAUCUAACGAUGAUGAUGUAAUAUCUAUGUCGUUUAGUAGUAGUGAUGACAAUUUACUUCUUCCAAGACUUCAUGAGGUAUUUACUAUAUCAUCAUCUACAUCAUCUAAUGUUACAAGUACUAGUUCGGAAGUAUCUACACCAACAGAUUUAUGUACACUGCUUCGUCGAUGUAAAUGGAUGCUGACGAGUAUUAAUAACACUGCUGUCUCUGGUCGUCGUCAAGUGGCAGCCACUUUUGUUGGACUGGGAAAGCAACGGGAAGUAUUUCUGCAGUUUAAAUCAGUUGUGAAGAACCCUGUUGAAUGUUAUGAUAGUGGAGUUGGUAAUUGCCAACCCUAUACUCUCCAGCGAUUACUACCACCCACUCUGAAAUUGCUGCUUACUAAAACUCACAAUAAUAAUAAUAAUAAUAAUAAUAAUCAAAGGAAAGGUGAAAAGAAAGAAGGAUGGGGAUUAAAGAUUGAUGGUGAUUCUCUCGUAGUGUUAAACCUGUCAAAUUUACUGCAGAAGAAUGAAUUAUCGGGAGUUGUAGCCACGGUUAACCCAAAACUAACAUUAACAACAAAGGAAGAAGAAGAGUCUAUUAAUGGGAAGUAUAUAGUACGCUCUGUUAAUGGUAUUUCAGUCUCCUCUCAGAGUGAUGUGGUUAGAUCCUUACAAAUAAAAAAAAGAGAUGGGGAAAUGGUGGAAACUCUUCUUCUUCAAUUAGAGUUAGUUCUUAGUAAACAUGAAGAAGAAUCUAUCUUGACCCAGUGUUUACCUUCUGUAAAAGUUGCAAAAGAGCUUUCAUCUCUAUCAGGUACGGUUGACUCUACUAAUAUUACCAGUGAUAGUGCAAAUGUUAAUGCUAAGGCUAGUAGAGUGGAAAACGAAUCUCAUAAACUGAGUAAAGAUGAAAAUAACACAAUAGUAAACCCAGAAGAUCAUGUGGGUGGAAAAGUGCCACCACCAUGCAGUUCACAGUGUACUUCACUAACUACAGCACAACAGAAACGUAGUGUUGUAACUAUUGUAGUGAAUCGUACUGCUGAAGCUCCAGUUGGAAAGUGGGGAAUACGUGUACAACGUGGCACACUUCGUUUACAAUGUCUUCAACAUAAUAAUAACUUUUCUUUUCAAGUUUAUGCUGCAAAGCAACAACAAGCGGUGCGUAUUGCAGAUACUUUGCGUUUUAACAAUAUACAUCGAAAUAAGAAUAAUGAAGAAGACUUAGAAAAUGAAACUAAUUUACCAAGUGUAUCCCCUGCUUUUUAUUCUCAUUUUGUGUAUAUGAUCAUUGGUGUAAAUUAUCGACGUGUUUUUAAUGCCGAUGAACUUCGUGCAUCUCUUGCUGCUGCUGCUGCUGCUGCCCACUCAUCUGGUGAGGCUGUUGUUCUGCAAGUACGUCAGUACCGUCUUGCUCAAAUUGCUGUUACGAUUGAAAGAGAUAAAGUAAAUGGAGAAGAUUCAAUGCUUGAACCUGUGGGUUUACGCCUCUCUCGUGAAAUGGUGAUUGAGUCUGUUUCUGCUGGAAGUCCGAUGGCACGUGCUAUUAUGACUGCCACAAAUGAUGACUGUUCACUACGCCGUCUUAUUCGUGAGGAACCGCAAACAAUAAAAGAAGGAAGUAAUGAAAAAGGAAAACCUCUAGUGACAACGUUGCCUGGCGAUGUGAACUCCUCCAAAACCAGUCAAUGGAAAUUUGACCUUGAUGAAGACACACAACAAGAUUCCACCCAAACUACCCCAACAGUGGAAGAUGUAGAAGGAGAAAGAGACUUGACUACAACAGGUUCAACACUUACAUUGGAGUCUUAUGCCUAUUGGAAUAUGGUGGACGGCGUCACACUCGCUAAAGUCUGCGGAGAAGAUGAAAAAGAAGCGGCCGGGAGAUUUGUUUGGCGCGUCACGUACGCCGUGCGGGCAGGGCCGCUGCGCACACCGCAUGAUGUCGCUCGUGCACUUGCCGGGGACGUAAAGGAGGAAACAUUAUUUCUGCAACAGUGUGUGGUGGAAGAGUGA